GCGAUAUUACAGUAUGGAUAGCUAGGACCGUAGCUUUGUCGGGCGGGAAGCUGGCAACAAAUUCAAGCUCAUCCGCAGGGCGCCAGAGGAGGAUGUGGAUGUGGACGCUCUGUCCAUUUCCUUCGUGCGAUAUUCAAAGCUGUGGCUGAUGAUGCGCGGCAGCAUGCGGAGAGCGACCGGUUGCGCGAGAAGCUUCACCGAGACUGAGUGUUGAGGAAACAAGCUGGGUGUCGGAUGCCUGUGAAGACAUGUGGAGAGAAACGAGUAUCUUGUGCCGAUCCGCAGAAAAAGAGCAAGGCGGUCGUUCCUCGGUGCGAGAUUUAUCAGCUUACGGUUGGUUGAUGGGUUCGCAGCCACGUGUUGUAGAAGAGGGGUAGGUGGAGUUUGCGAAAGGAGCGAGAGAGCCAAGCGGGAAGAGAGAUGGGAAGAAGGUGAGGAGAAGAAAAGCCGAAGGAAGAGAGAAGACAGGUCGGGGAGAUAUGGGGGAGCUAUUUUUGGGGAUUGGGUGAAACCUAGCAAGCGACUGAGUUCUAUUCGUCGUCAUCGACGGGGUAACACCCAGCGAACGAAUCAGUCCCACGCGAUUCUCAGCCUCUGCCCAUACCCCCCUCCGCCUGCCCCCCCUGCGGCCCCGCGACCGAGAGAGAGAGAGAGAGAAAGAGAGAGAGAUUGGCGUCAGGAAAGAGAGAGAAAGAAUGGCUGUGUCGGUGCCAUCACGACAACGGGUGUGGUCUACGCCGGUGGCCAAUGGCUUUGUGAAUGUACCGAGCGCUAGCAACGGCGGCAACGGUCAGGGCAAUACCAACAGCAGAAGCGGGGUUUCUUCCGACUAUGACAGCGGAGCAGUUGCGGGAGGUGGGAACAAUGGAGAUCAGAAUGGUGUCGGGAUGGCCGGUGAGAGCGCGACGUCUUCUGUAUGCGGAUCCCCAUCGUCAGAUUCAAGGACGAGGGGAGGAGGAUACAUCCUAGAUAGUGUGGCUAUGGAGACGAGCCCUUCGAUCUCUGUCAAAGCCGUGGUGAGGAGCUUUUCCGAGCCGAAAUACUCUGACCCAAAAAAGUCGUUGUCGCCGCCGACUACGAAGGCCAACUCACUGACGAGUAAGAUGAUCAAUUCUUUUUCGGCGAAGGGAUCGCCUACCUCUCUGAGCAAGACAGUGACGGCGGGCCAUGUCACUAGGCCCUCUAGUCCGGCGUCUGUCGAAAGCGAUGGCUCGACCUACUCUUACAUGUCUGUCAAGCGAGCAAAUCAGAAGAUCGCGGAUUUGGAGAUUGAAUUGAAAGAGGUGAUGUCGCAGUUGCAGCGCGCUCGGCAGGACGUAGCGAAGCUGAGUAGGGAGCUGGAGCAGUCGCACACGGCGAAAGGCUUUGUGGAUGCUGCGGCCAACGAGGCGACGUCGACGCGAGCCUACGUGGAGCGCGAGCUCAUCUCGACGAAGAAAAGAGUGGAGGAGUUGUCCAGGAACCUGGACGCUACGCAAGCGGCGCUGAUCGAAACUGCGGGGGAGAAGGUCGCUCUUGAGAGGGAGCUUGUGAAGAAGCAGAGGGAGGCUGUCGAUACCAGUCGAUGUCUGCGGGAGGCGUUAGAGGCUCUGGAAGAUGCCGAGACCUCGAAGACCGCCGUGCAUGCGGAGCUGUCCGAGUAUAGGAGAGCUCUGGAAGAUGUGCAGAAUCAGGGAACGGAGAAGGUCGCCACGUAUAGGAAAGCACUGUACGAAGUGGACGUCGAGAGGAAAGAGGUGAUGGAGCAACUGGACAAGCUGCAGGGGGAGUUCAAGAGUGCGAGAGAAGAGUUGAGGAGGAGGGAGGAGGUAGUCGAGGCGCAAGAACGGGAGUUGCAGAAGCUGAGGGAGGAACACAGAGAUGCGACGAGCGAGAUGACGAUGGUGAAAUCCCUGCUGAAUGAGAUGAGAGAGAGUCAGAAGAAGCAAGCCGACUCCGGCGUCGCGGUAAUGACGGCGGAGUUGGCGGCCACGUCGACGAGGCAACACGAGGCGGAGGUGGCCAUCGUUUCGCUGCAGGAUGCGCUGCGCGAGUCGAGGAAAGAGGUGACUGGUGUGAGAGAGAAGAUGAUGGAAGUGGAACGGAGGGCGGCGGAUUUAGAGAGGGAGAAAAUGGCACUGGCGGAGCAGACCACUCUGGGAACGAGGAGGGUGGAAGAGCUGUUGUCGAAGCUAGCGUCCGUUCAAAGGGGGCGCGUGGAAAUGGAGGACAAAGCGAAGGCUGCAGAGAACGACGUAAGGAACGCGACGGAGGCGGAGAAGAAGGCGAAAGCCGCCCUGGCGGAGAUGGAGAACAGGUAUAGAAUGACGCUGAGGGACUCCGAGACGAAGGCCGCGAUACUCAUCAGAGGGUGGGAGGAGAGAGUUAUGGCAGCGGAGGCGGAGGUGGCAGCGGCGAAGGCGAAGGAGGCGGAGGUGGUAGCGGAGAUGGAGGUGGUGAGGAGGGAACUGCGGGCAGAGAGAGGAAGAGGGCGUUCAGGCUCCGUGUCGCUGGCGCUGGUGGAGGAUGGCGACGCAAGCGGCGCCUCAACGGAGCUGACCAAGCGGCUAGAUGAGUCGGAGACGGAGGCGCGGGCACUGAGAGUGGAGGUGGAACUUCUUACGAACCAGAUCAGAGAGCUAGAGAGGAGAAUAGCAGAUGGUAAGGAGAAGGAGAAGCUGUGGGAGGAGAAGGCAAGAGUGGCGGAGGACGAAAUUGCCGAACUGAGAGUAGAGCUUCAAGAGGCCAAGCAGAAGGAAAGCAAGGCAGUGUCGAAAUUGAAGGAAGCAGAGGCUGCCAAACGGAUAGCACAAGAGACUCUUCUGAGAAGUAGUAAACAACAACCCUCCUUUGCUGUGGACGCUACCCAACAGGGCGAUGAAGCAAAGCCCGCAGCGGAGUUGGAGCAGGGCACAGCAGGUGAAGCGGAGGAGGCCGCGGUGCUCAGGACGGUGGUGGAUCGUCCGCCUACUAGGAGAGAUAAGGAGAACGCGCUGGAGGAGGAGGAGGAGGAGGAGGAGGAGGAAGGGAUUAGUCCUAAGGUGCGCCGAGGAGUGGCUGCAUCAAAGCCGAUGUACAGUCCUGUUGGGAACCCUGCGGCGAAUGCUGCCGUGGAGGGAGGAACAGAGCGGAGCGUUCCUCAUGCUGCUGGCAAAGCAGCGCGCAGGCGAGGUCGAUGUUUUAGCCGGCCUAGAUUGUGCUCUAAAGCAGCAACGAAGAAAUCCUCAGGGUGCGGAUGUGUGGUGCAGUAGCUGAAAGAGGUUCAGCUUAUAGGGAAAAAGAAGGAUUCGAUUCCGUCAGUCAGCAAUUAUUAAUGGCUUUGCAUCGAUUGCAACCACCCCUCGUAAUAUGGAGAGAGAGAGAGAGAGAGAGAGAGAGAGAGAGUUAUAGCCGUGACCCCGGCUCAUAUCCGACGUGCAGGGGAACAGUCAUCCGUAAUUGCUAAGAAGUCGAUGAAUUGUCUGUACUUGUCAACGAGCGUUUCUUCUAGAGAGAGAGAGAGAGAGAGAGAUGAGAAGAGUUGUAGCCUUGACGCUGGCUCGCAUCCGACGAACAGGGGAACAGUAGUCAUCCGUAGGUGCUGAGAAGUCGAUGAUGAUCGUCUGUAUUUGUUAACGAACGUCACUUGUUAUCUGUCGCUUUCACAAAUAUAGACACAGAGAGAGAGAGAGAGAGAGAGAGAGAGAGACCCCGGCUUGCAUCCGACUUUCAGGGCAAUAGUCGUCAUCCGUAGGUGCCAAGAAUGAUAGUCAUCCGUAGGUGCCAAGAAUGAUAGUCGCUUGUAUUUUUCGACCGACUUGAUUGCUUAGAUCCGUUAUCUGCCAGUUCCAAUGUACGCCUGCUUGUAGUCCAUGGUACUACAGGUUCGAUGAGUUCUACAUUAUACAUUACAGGAAGGAUAGAAUUAUUUGCCAACGUUUCUUUCACUGAAUUUGUUGUUGUUGUUGUUGUUGUUGUGGUUUCUACCGAGAGCUGGUUUUCUGUGCUUGCUUCCCUUGGCUGCGCGAGGUGGCUUGUUAGGAUUUUCUUCUUUGGCAAAAGCGCGGAGUACGGCUUGCAUGAAGACCAUUGCUGUGUAUGUACAAAUUGUUUGGGUAGGCGGCGUGCGCCUGUGUAGUGGACAUGUGUAGGUUAGACCUACACAUGCCGAUCGGCUUGCGGCUUGUCGGCUGCUUGAGAGCUGCUCAACGGCGAAUUACUGUAUUUGCCACCGCGGGACAUCAAAGCAUUGUGCCUGGCUAGCAAAGCAAUCCGUUACCAGGAUGUGUGAGUGCCACUGGGUGGACGGUUGAGGUAGAACUAGUAGAACUAGUGCGCAAGAGGGUUUUCCACUUCUGUAAAUUUAUGUUAUGUGUUCUGCGAGUGGGCGACUAAUAGAUGGGUGCCCUUUGCGUAGAAGAACGGAGAUAGCUGUGAAAUGGAAAGGAAGAAGCUGUGACAAAAUGGAGAACGUAACUGGUCGUCUUCUUGACUGUGGUUGCGCUGCGGUAUCAGGUGAGGCAACCUCGAGCGGAGAGAGGGCGGGAGUGAUGGAGGUAAACGUAAACUAAAAAAAAAAAAAGAAAAAAAAAAAACACUACGGUAUUAGCAGGUGAGGCAGCCUUAAGCGGAGAGAGGGCGGGAUUGGUGAAGGUAGAUGAAAAAAAGACAUAAAAAGACAUAAAAAGACAUAAAAAGGAGGGAUGAUUGCCGUGACCGGACGAUUUAAUUAAUGAACGACGACGAAACGUGAACGCAUUCAAUGAUGCCGUGUGUUCACGGCAAGAUAAAGAAAGAAUGAUGGUGGUAAUAUAUCAUGGGAGCGAUGGAUACGGCAUGCCGGAGAAGAAAGGCAAAGGGAGGGAGUAAACUCCAUUUUCUGAGGGUGGAGCUCGAGUGGGACUACGGUGAGCUGCUGGCGGUCGUGUUUGGUAUCAGGAACAGCCUUUGCGAUGGACCAGAGUGAAGCAGAGCACGGACGAGUGGAGACGGAAGGAAGCAUGCAUGCAUGCGAUCAGGCAGCCCUGGCAUUGACAGGAGUUCGUGCAAGUCUACCGUUACGUGUUCUCCUUCUGAAGCUCUGCAGUCUUUGAUACCCCUCAAUCGUCAGCUGGAGUUCUCAAUCUCCUUCUCGCUGUCAUGUUUGAGUUGGGUUGUAAGAAUUAGAGGCAGGCUUUGUUGCUGUCUACGGGAGCAGGCGAUCUAUCGGGACAGUGGUCGUCAGAUUGCAAGGCGGUAGGUAAGAGCUAACGAUAAAUUCCUGGAAGUCCA